GGGCGUGCCUGGCCGCGAGGCGGGGCGGCACGGAACCUGGGCGGCGGCGGCCGCGGCAGGAAACCGGGGCUGGGCCCCGCCGGCGCGCGAUCCCGUCCCCGUCCCAGUCCUCGCGGAGCGAUCCUCGGGCCGGGCCAUGGACGCGGCAGAGCCGGGGCUACCCCCAGCUCCAGAGAGCAGGAAGAGGUACAGUGACAUCUUCCGGAGCUUGGACAACCUUGAGAUCUCACUGGGGAACGUGACCCUUGAGAUGCUGAGUGGAGACUCUGCACUUUCCGGAGACCCAGAGCCUGACCAGACCUCCACAGCCACUGUGCCCAGUGAAAGCAGGUGUUGGAGUGGCUCCUCUCUGGAGGGUCCUGCACCCCUUACAGCAGAGGAACUGGACUUGCGGCUCAUUCGGACCAAGGGGGGUGUGGAUGCAUCCCUGGACUACGCCAAGACCUGGAGCCGCUAUGCCAAGGAGCUGCUGGCCUGGACAGAAAAGAGAGCCAGCUAUGAGCUGGAGUUUGCCAAAAGCAUCAUGAAGAUUGCCGAGGCGGGCAAGGUGUCAAUCCACCAGCAGAGCCACAUGCCACUGCAGUACAUCUACACCCUGUUCAUGGAGCACGAUCUCAGCCUGGGAGCCCUGGCCGUAGAGACAGUAGCCCAGCAGAAGAGAGACUACUACCAGCCCCUGGCCGCCAAGCGGACUGAGAUUGAGAAGUGGCGGAAAGAGUUCAAGGAACAGUGGAUGAAGGAGCAGAAGCGGAUGAACGAAGCCGUGCAGGCGCUGCGGAGGGCCCAGCUCCAGUACAUGCAGCGCAGUGAGGACCUGCGGGUGCGCUCCCAGGUGUCCCCUGAGGACCCGGCCCCCCAGGCCUCGCCGGGACCCAGCAAACAGCAGGAGCGGCGGCGACGCUCCCGAGAGGAGGCCCAGGCCAAGGCCCAGGAGGCCGAGGUGCUGUACCAUGCCUGCGUCCGUGAGGCCAACGCGCGACAACAGGACCUGGAGGCAGCCAAGCAGCGGAUUGUGUCGCAUGUGCGCAAGCUGGUGCUGCAGGGAGACGAAGUACUGCGGCGGGUGACCCUGGGACUGUUCAGCCUGCGGGGGGCGCAGGCGGAACGUGGCCCGCGUACCUUCUCCGCCCUGGCGGAGUGCUGCGAGCCCUUCGAGCCUGGCCAGCGCUACCAGGAGUUCGUGCGGGCGCUGCGGCCUGAGGCACCGCCGCCCCCGCCACCUGCCUUCUCCUUCCAGGAGUUCGUGGCCCCUGUGCACAGCUCCCCUCUGGACACAAGGAAGAAGCUUUCCGGCCCCCCACCUCCACGGCUGGAUGAGAGUGUGGCUGAGUCAGGCCCUUGGGAGGACACAGGGACUCCGGGCCCCACUCCAGGCAGCGAUGUGGACAGUGUGGGUGGUGGCAGUGAGUCUCGGUCCCUGGACUCUCCCUCUUCCAGCCCAGCCUUGGAGCCGCCCCAUGACCCUGUGGUCCCCAACUUCUGUGACCUUCUGACUCCAGGCCCCGGCGCGAGGCGGCUGGUAAAGGUCUCAUCCAUAGGCACCGAGUCCUCGGAUGACUUUGAGGAGCGAGACCCUGACCUGGGAGAUGGGCUGGAGAAUGGGCCAGGCAGCCCCUUCAGGAAGUGGACACUGUCCAAUGCAGCCCAGACACACCAACUGCGGCGGCUGCGGGGCCCUGCCAAGUGCCGCGAAUGUGAGGCUUUCAUGGUCAGCGGGAUCGAGUGUGAGAAGUGCUUUCUGACCUGCCACAAGCGCUGCCUUGAGACUCUACUGAUCCUCUGUGGACAUAGGAAGCUCCCAGCCCGAACUCCCAUCUUUGGGGUUGACUUCUUGCAGCUGCCGAGGGACUUCCCGGAGGAGGUGCCCUUUGUGGUCACCAAGUGCACAGCAGAGAUAGAACACCGUGCCCUGGGUGUACAGGGCAUUUAUCGGGUCAGUGGGUCCCGGGUCCGAGUGGAGCGGCUGUGCCAGGCUUUCGAGAACGGCCGAGCAUUGGUGGAUCUGUCAGGGAACUCUCCUCAUGACAUCUCGAGUGUCCUCAAGCGAUUCCUCCAGGAGCUCACUGACCCCGUGGUCCCUUUCCACCUCUACGACGGCUUCAUCUCUCUGGCUAAGGCCCUGCAUGCAGACCCCGGGCACAACCCCGGGACCCCCAGCCCCAGCCCUGAGGUUAUCCGCUUGCUGAAGAACCUCUUGGUGCACCUGCCUGACUCUAACUACAACACCCUGCGGCACCUGGUGGCUCAUCUGUUCAGGGUGGCCGCACAGUUUGAGGAAAACAAGAUGUCUGCUAACAACCUGGGCAUUGUGUUUGGACCAACGCUGCUGCGGCCACCAGAUGGCCCAGGGACAGCCGGUGCUGGCCCGGUCACCUGCCUGCUAGACUCCGGGCACCAGGCACAGCUUGUCGAGUUCCUCAUCAUGUACUAUGAACAGAUCUUCGGGAUGGACGAACUCCCCCUGGCUGUUGAGCCCCCACCGCAAGACCCCAGCCCAGCCCCCGAGCCCCUCACAAUCAGCCCCCAGAUACAACCCCCAAACCUUGCUCCAGACUCCCUGCCCCCAGCCCUAGCCCUGGACCCUGACCCAGACCCGGAGCCCCACAGUGCCCCUGAGGAGCAUCUCGAGGCCACACCCUCUGAGACUCCAACUCCACAGAGUGACCAGAGAGGGGAAGUGGCCGAAAACACCAAAGAUGAGGGAGGGGAAGUGUCCAGCAAAGGCCCUGAGGACUCACUCCUGGGGACACAGUCCCGUGGCCACUUCAGCCGCCAGCCAGUGAAGUAUCCCCGGGGGGGUGUGCGGCCUGUCACCCACCAGCUAUCCAGCUUGGCCCUGGUAGCUUCCAAAUUGUGCGAGGAGACCCCUGUCACACCAGUACCCCGAGGGAGCUUGCGGCGGAAGGGACCCGGCAGCACCACCUCCUCCCCUGAGGGGAGCCCGCUGCGCCGCGCCCCAUUGCCCAAACAUUUUGAGAUCACCCAGGAGACAGCCCGGCUGCUCUCCAAGCUGCACAGUGAGGCUGUGCCCAAGACUACCUGCUGCCCAGACCCCCAGCCUGAGGAAACGGAUGACCAUCUCUGACCAUCCCGGGACUCUUACCAAGAGGCCUAGGACUGAGAAGAUGGUCCCAUUUCUCCCAGUAGUUCAAUGUUGGAGCUUCUGGAAAAUUACUAUCAAGAAAAGCUAUGUGGCCUGGGGGAGGAUUAAAACCCUUUUUGGGGCAAUGUACUCAGAUCCCCAGACUAGACACAGGUCUGCCAAGCAUCAGGGCCACUCAGGUUCAGAGGUUAGCUAGGGUCAAUAUCAGUACUCAGGGUCAGUACAGGUCACGGGAUCAUUGGGGGUCCACCCCAGUCUCUGACCUCUGGGACAAGGUGUGGGGGGAGGCUUUUGCUAUUUUGCUGUGGCCACUCCCCCACCUGCCUGCCCUCCUUGGCUGAGCCCAACUGUCCAGCUCUUGGAGGGGGUGGGCAGCCCAGACUCAGCAUCCUGGUGGUGCUGGAGUCUGAUGGCCACCGAAUAAACUGUGUCCUUUA